CAUAAAUGGUACCCGUCCCAUCGUCUUUCCUCGCUCGCACUUUCUCGAGAAACGGCAAGAAAAUGUUGCAGUUAAAAAUCCUUUUAAUUAUUUUUCUUUGCCAAUCAAGUUAAAAUUCAUCCAGUAAGUCAUUUUUGUAUCCCGCGCAAUCUCUCUCUCUCUCUCUCUCACAAAACCAAUUCCCAUCCCUUCAGUUCCCUUCGGUCUUUCUAGGGCUCAGCACGUUGCCCCUAUAUCCUGUCCCAUCCCAAUUUUCGAAAUUCCGAUCCAGACGCCGUAGAAUUCUGGGCCCGCCGCCAUUUGUUUUGUCUUUAUGGACGAAGAGAAGGCUGUUGGUGUUGGUGGUGGGGAAUCGUCGAGGGCUUCGUCGUCCUUCGUCAAAGCGGGCGAUCGGCAGGUGUUCACGGUGGAGCUCCGACCCGGAGAGACCACCAUAGUCUCGUGGAAGAAGCUCCUGAAAGACGCUAACAAGGUCAAUGGAUCCACCGCCUCUUCUGUCCCGGAACCGCCCGCCAACGCCCACCCCUCCCUCGAGUCUCGAAUCGAUCCGGGACAACCAACUGAAAAUGAAGAUAAAGAUGGCCCCAAUCGAUUCAGUGCUGUCAUCGAGAAGAUCGAACGCCUCUACAUGGGUAAGGAUAGCAGCGAUGAUGAAGAUUUACGCGAGCUUCCUGAUGAUGAUCAGUAUGAUACGGAAGACUCUUUCAUAGAUGAUGCUGAGCUGGAUGAAUAUUUUGAAGUUGAUAAGUCAGCCAUAAAACAUGAUGGAUUUUUUGUUAAUAGGGGCAAGCUGGAGCGCAUAAAUGAACCUAAUGCCUUACCCAACCAGCAACCAAAGAAGAGGCGCAGAAAAGAUUUGGAAAAGGGUCAUGGUGGUAAUGAUGAAUUUCAUGCACCAUCAAAACAUGUAAAGAAGGAUAGGAUGGCUGCCUCAAAGAUAGCAACAAUGCUUAUGAAGAAGGACUCUUCUAGUCCCUCACAAAAUUUGGCUGUAACAAGUGAAAAUCUUCAAGAUGUUAAAAUCCAGAAUUCAUUGGUUGCUCCUGGAAUUUCUUCCAAAAAGAAACCUGCUGAUACUAAAAUGAUAUUCGAUCCUGCUGCAUCUCUAAAAGUUUCUAAUGGUGAUGCUUCUGUAUCUUUAGCAGAAGUAAGGGACACCGAUAAGCAGAAGACUGGAGUCGUUCAGUCUAAGAGCCUCAGUGACAAAUUGAAAGAUGCAAGUGGAUUCUUUGAUGCAUUACAGCAGAAAAACCCGGACAAAAGUGCCCAUGUGCAAUCUAAAUCUCUAUCUGGAAGACCUCUGAACAAUGUUGAUCCGUUGGAAUUGUCAAUUAGGCCAAAAGAAAAGAAUGGCAUCACUGAGCUGUCUGACAGGAAUUCUUCCAUGGACAAGUAUGCAAUGCAAACAACAAAAGCUACACAGAUCAGAAGGGAUGGUUCUAGUGUUAGGCCAAAAAGCUCCCUUGAAAAGGCUAUUAGGGAGUUAGAGAAGAUGGUUGCUGAAUCGAGGCCACCUGCGGUUGAGAAUCAAGAGGCAGAUACUUCAUCCCAGGCAGUUAAAAGGAGAUUACCCAGAGAAAUAAAGCUGAAGCUUGCAAAAGUUGCAAGACUAGCGCAGGCAAGCCAGGGGAGAAUAUCAAAGGAGUUACUUAACCGCCUUAUGAGUAUUCUUGGACAUCUAAUCCAGCUCAGAACAUUGAAGAGAAACUUGAAGGUCAUGAUUAGUAUGGGUCUGUCAGCGAAACAGGAGAAAGAUGAUAGGUUUCAACAGAUAAAAAAGGAUGUAGUUGAUAUGAUUAAAAUGCGGGAGCCCUCUUCGGAGUCCAAGGCCUUUGGGCAGCAAGCUGGAGCGUCAGAUGAUUUUCAAGAAUUUUGUCCUGAAGAAAAAGGAGUUAAAAAGAAAUUUAGUAUGGAUGAUGCAUUAGAGGACAGAAUUUGUGAUCUCUAUGACCUUUUUGUUGAUGGGCUGGAUGAAGAUGCGGGUCCACAAAUUAGAAAGUUAUAUGGAGAGUAUUUUCCAAGCUUUUCUGAGGUAAGAAUCCCAUCUUUGAUUCAGCUUGCAGAAUUGUGGCCAGUUGGUUUCAUGGACAAUCAUGGGAUCAAAAGAGCGAUUUGUAGGGCUAAAGAUAGGCGGAGGGCACUGUACGGUAGACAUAAGGAUCAGGAGAAAAUCAAAAGGAAGAAAAUGUUGGCACGUAGAAUGGACGAGACUGUUCGAGUCGAAGGUAAUUCAAUUGCUCAGCCACAGUCUAUGCGUGAGCGCACAUCUACUGAAACUGGUAGUCAUGGUUUAACUUCAGCAACCAGGCCGGUUACUAGUUCGCCGGCAGCAGUCAGGAUGCACAGUCCCUCAUCCAAUGGUCCGAUUAUGUUGGACAGAAUGAAACAAGAGAAACAAAAGGGAACCUCAAGCAAUCCGGUGGAUGAUACAAGGGUAUUAUCAGAUGGAGGAAUGGUGAAGAAGAAGGUAAAGCGGAAGCCAGAACUGGACUUAAACGAAAGCCUUUUGCGUCCAGAGAAAUUACCUUCUCAACAGGGAGAGGAGAGACACAAGUCCCUCAAGCAGGCUGCUGCUACAGCAGGUCUUCCCCAAAAAUCAAAUCUUCAGUCAUCUUCUGCGCCUCCAAACGUUGAACAGUCAAGCUGACAUGAUAUCUUAAUUAGCUCAAUUUAGGAAGUUUACACCCUAAAAAUCGUUUUUUGCACACGAGUUUUUUUUUUUUUUUCUUUUAAUGAUGGGCGUCAUUCAUUCUGGCCAACUGAUUUUUACGAUUUUUGUAAUUAUAUAUGUUCUUUAAUGGCGCCUUGUGGAUUAAAGAUUUAUCUUCAAUAGAGAUAGCAGCGAGCUAUGAUUUUCUUGUGCUCGUUGUUGUUGUUGUAACUAUAUUAUGAGAUG